GUUUUAUUCGUCAAGCAAUCUUGACCUGGCCUAAAACUUGGGUUUACGUGUCUACGUCAUCAAACUUACUCUCGCAAUAAUGCCUAGAGGUGAAGCUUGUACGCCGAGAGGCUUCUACGAUAUUCAUAAUACGCUGGAGGAAGGAGAAACUAUAGAUCCUGAGUCAUGCAAUGCCCAUCUUCCUCCGGGGGUAACAGAAGACAUUUAUAGCAGCGUUCGCAAUACUCCACCUCCAGGGAUUGUACGAGCAUACCCGCCCAAACCUAUAAGUUACGCUGCAUAUCGGAAGGCGCUCGACAAAGUUCGUGUCAUAACUAACGACGAUGUAUCUGUAUUUGGUGACAUCGCCCACUACGUCGAGUAUGGAUUAGAUUCCGCAGGGCGACGCGUUGAGCUAUAUUUAACCUGUCACAUAUCUCAGACCGUAUUAGAUGUAACGUCAAAAACGCCUCGCUCGAGAGAUCUCCAGGACACGUCUCGAUCGGAACCUAUGGCAGUCUUGCCUUGUGGUCACUUUUUCGGCUUCAGGGGUAUUGAUGAUUGGGUUCGAACUCGUUAUAACGAUAACGUCUGCCCAGACUGCCCUUUGUGCCGCUUUCUUCUCGUCUACCCGCAGUGUGGCCACGAAAUAAGAAUACGACCCUACGACCCGCGCUUCACCCGUGACGGACAGCUCCCGUUAACUAUUCCUGAAGGAGGUUCUGUUCCUGACUACUGUCUAAGAUGUCGUGUUGACUAUCUCAAGUUGCUGGGCCAGCAAAUAGCCCAUCAAGUAUAUCCCGAUGAUAUACCAUUUUCCGCGUUCACAAAUCCGAAUCGAUGUGGGCCGGUCCAUUUCGAAAAUAAAAGGAUUGGGCUGCAAGAUUAUUUACUAGAUGUGGCUUCCAUGGCUGAAGGUGAAUUCUCCCACUGGUAA